AUGAUGCCCUUCAUCCCGUUCCUGCUCGUAUUAGCCGGCCUGACGAUCUUCUUCUCGCGACGAAAAUACAAGGCCAUUGAGCAGGACUACAAAGAUUCUCCCCGUGUCGUGGUCAAGGGACAUACGUAUUCCGACAGCGUCGAGGAGAUCCAGUUACAGCCGAUACCGGUGACCAGGCCGAGUAAGGUUGAGAAUGUGCAGUGCGCGUGUGUUAUUGGCGCGGGCUAUGUAGGCGCAUUGACGGGUCUUGUCCUGGCAUCGCAGAACCCGCAUGUCCAGUUCUUCAUAGUCGACAGCGACGAGCGACUCAUCUCCGCGUGGAACUCCGAUCGAGUCCCGAUUUCCGAGCCAGGGGUGGAAGAGCUCCUGUUCGAAGAUGCUGAGAUCGCAUCGCCGCAGAUGCAGGCACAGACACAACUCGAGCCCGAGUCAGAGGAGUUCGGCGAGUUCGUGUCACAGCUCCCCAGGGCUCGGAAGUUACAUAAUGUGACUUUCUCGACGAAUGUGCACGCGGGAGUUACGCCAGCUGAUAUGGUCUUCUUGUGUCUCGAGACGAGAGUUGGUAGUGAUGUCGACGAAACAAAGGUCGACCUCUCGCAUCUCGAAUCCGCCCUCCUAGCCAUCGCCCAAGUCUCAACCGGUCACAAAAUCAUCGUUCAAAAAACCACCGCCCCAUGCGGAAUCAUCCCGCGAAUCAAGAAAGUCCUCAAAGAAACCUCCUCUCCCACCGCCUCCUUCGACGUCCUCUCCAACCCCGACUUCGUCGUCCCCGGCUCCGCCCUCCGCGACCUGCUCUACCCACCACGGAUCGUAAUCGGCCACAUCUACACCUCCGACAUGUCACCGGAAGCCCUGACUGCUUUGAAACGCCUCUACACGCCUUUCAUCCCUGAAGAACGAAUCCUAACGAUGGACGCAUGGUCGUCGGAGCUGGCGAAGAUCGCGGCAAACGCGUUCCUCGCGCAGCAGAUCAGCAGCCUGAACUCGCUGAGCGUGCUGUGCGAGUCGACGCACGCAGACAUGGACCACGUCAUGCGGGUGCUGGGGCUGAGCCAGCGAGCGGGGUUCGGGCUGGGCGUGCUGCAGACGGAUGUGAUGUGUUUGGUGUAUUUGGCGAGGGAGCUGGGGGUUCCUGACGUGGCGGAGUAUUGGGGGAGUGUGGUGCGGAUGAAUGGGUUUCAGAGGGGGUGGGUGGUAGAUAGGCUGGUGAGGCGGAUUGGGGAGGGAGAGGGAGGGGAGAGGAGGGUGGCGGUGUUGGGAGUCGGAGCGAAGGAGAAUGCAGAUGAUGUGAGUGCGGGAAUGGAGUUGGUGAGAGGGUUGACGGCGAAGGGGGUCAGGGUGAAUAUUUUCGAUCCGCGUGUUGAGCAGCGCAGGAUCGAGAGUGGGCUUGGGUAUGCUGGGGUCAGGAGUGAAUUGGUCGGCGUGGCUGACUCCGUGGAGACGGCGUGCUUGGGAUGUCAUGCUGUGGUGGUGCAUACGGACUGGAGCGAGUUCAGCCAUGACAGUGUGCGAUGGCAGGGGAUUGCGCAUCAGAUGCAGAAGCCGACGGCUCUGCUGGAUCUGAGAGGAGGGUUUGAUCGGUUCCAGAUGCAGCAGUGGGGGUUUGACAUGCUCCAGAUGGGAGUCAGGGAGAUGCAUUAGCGAAACGACUUGUAUAUGUACGAUAUUCU